AUGCCAGCUCGUAAGCGUCAGAUUGACUACAGCGACGAAGACGAAGAAGAAAAGGCUCUCGAGUCUCAGCUCAAGACAGUGAAGCAAUCAAAGACUACAGCGGUCAAAACGGCUGUCAAAAAGAAAGACACGGGCGGUACUGAAAAGGCUGCCAAAGGAGGCGGACGGCCUUGGACCGCGGCAGAGGACGCUGCGAUCUUGAAGUCUGUUCAUGACCUCAUACUACUUCACCAACUCGACUACAGUGUCAAGGCAGCCGGCGAAGGUCCAGAGCGUAGCAAAGUGGCAGUCAGAGAUCGAUGGCAAAAAAUACUGAAGCCGCAGAUGCUCGCGCUCACGGGUAGUCCAAAGAUAAGCCAGUGAGAGGUCAGGCACUGUGGAGAGGACGACUCGUCGUGCUAGACAUCGUGCUGCGCAGAUUUGCCAGUGGCCCCCGAUGCUCCGUUUGAUGUAUAAUUGCCGAGCCCGAAACAGCACUUCCCGCCAGACUCGUACUUCGUCUCCAUCUCAAAAGCGUGGGAGGGCUUCUCGAG